GGGGGCGGCUCCGGCGGAGGCUCAAGAUGGCGGCGGCCGCCCUGCCCUUGACGGGGGCGCUGAGAUGCGGCCGGGGGGCCGCGGUGCGCCUUGUGGCCGCGCGAAGCUACGCGGCGAAGACGGCGGGCCGUGGCGAGCCCGUGACUCACACCGGGCAGGUUUAUGAAGAAGGUGAUUACAGGCGGGUUCGAUUUGUUGGGCGACAGAAAGAGGUAAAUGAAAACUUUGCAAUUGAUUUAAUUGCUGAGCAACCUGUGACUGAAGUUGAAACCAGAGUGAUCGCUUGUGAUGGUGGUGGUGGAGCUCUGGGACAUCCUAAAGUGUAUAUAAACUUGGAUAAAGACACAAAAACAGGAACAUGUGGUUAUUGUGGUCUUCAGUUUGUGCAGAAGCAGCAUCACUGAAAUCGUCGUCUUGUGUCCUGCAAAGCUGUCUGUAUUUAUGUGUUAUGCUGUCAGAUACAUGUAUUUUAAAAAGCU